AGCGGGCGGCUCCUCUUUCUCCUGCCUGGGUGGAGGCGCGGUCACUGCGGGCCGGGUCCCAGGGUGUCCCCCAUGGCGGGGCAGCGGGUGGCGGUGGACGGCGGGAUCAUGGAAGGGGGCGGCCAGAUCCUCAGGGUCUCCACAGCUCUGAGCUGUCUGCUGGGCCUCCCUCUGCGGGUGCAGAAGAUCCGCGCGGGCCGCAGCACGCCCGGCCUGAGGCCUCAACAUUUAUCUGGACUGGAAAUGGUUCGGGAUUUGUGUGAUGGACAGCUGGAGGGGGCAGAAAUCGGCUCAACAGAAAUAUCCUUCACACCAGAGAAGAUCAAAGGGGGAAUCCACACAGCAGACACCAAGACAGCAGGGAGUGUGUGCCUCUUGAUGCAGGUUUCAAUGCCCUGUGUUCUAUUUGCUGCUUCUCCAUCAGAACUUCGUUUGAAAGGCGGAACUAAUGCUGAAAUGGCCCCCCAGAUUGAUUAUACCAUGAUGGUCUUCAAGCCAAUUGUUGAAAAAUUUGGUUUUAAAUUUAAUUGUGACAUUAAAAUGAGGGGCUAUUACCCAAAAGGAGGUGGUGAAGUGCUCAUGCAGAUGUCUCCAGUUAAACAGUUAAACCCAAUAAAUUUGACUGAUCGUGGUUCUGUGACAAAGAUCUAUGGGAGAGCAUUUGUUGCAGGUGUCCUGCCAUUUAAAGUAGCAAAAGAUAUGGCAGCAGCGGCUGUGAGAUGCAUCAGAAAGGAGAUCAGAGAUCUGUAUGUUAACAUCCAGCCUGUUCAGGAGCCCAGGGAUCAAGCAUUUGGCAAUGGCAGUGGACUAAUCAUUAUUGCUGAGACAUCCUCUGGCUGUUUGUUUGCUGGAUCAGCACUUGGCAAACGAGGUGUGAAUGCUGACAAAGUUGGAAUUGAAGCUGCUGAGGUGCUGUUAGCAAAUCUUAGACAUGGUGGAACUGUGGAUGAAUACCUUCAAGAUCAGCUAAUUAUUUUCAUGGCACUAGCCAAUGGAAUUUCCAGAAUAAAAACAGGACCAGUUACGCUCCAUACACAAACUGCUAUCCAUUUUGCUGAACAACUAGCAAAGGCCAAAUUCACUGUGAAGAAGUCAGAAGAUGAAGAGGAUGCCUCUAAAGAAACUUACAUUAUUGAGUGUGAAGGAAUUGGGAUGACCAAUCCCUAUCUAUAGGGUGUUUGCUUCAGUGAUGUAUUGCACUAAGUGUUUCACACCUGCUAUAAUACAGCAGAUUCGAAGCAUGUUCUUAAAGGGCCCGACUGGACUUGAGGAUGAAGUAUGAUGUUCUAGAUUUGCUUUACCAGUAUCUUACUUGGAAUCUCUCCUGAGAUAUGGACAAUGCCAUAAGAUUUGAUGGAUAUGUAUGAUUUCAGUAUUUAAAUAUUGAAAUAAAAGUUUCUUGGUACCUGAGGUAAA